AUGUCCCUCUUUUCCCCCAUCAGCAUCCUCCUCUCCGUUGUCUCAGCCUACAUGUACGGCAUCUACUACCUCGUCCUAACGACCUUCCCUCUCGUCUUCCAAACACAGUACGGCUUCUCCGUCGGCAUCACGGGUCUCAGCUACACCGGUAUCGGUGUGGGCAAUUCUCUAGGCCUCCUGAUCUUCUCCCUUACAAGCGAUAGGUACAUCCAGUACCGUCUCUCGAGAAACAAAAUGCGGCCUGAAGAUCGUCUCCCGCCUCUGCUUAUCUCCGGCCCGCUGUUUGCCGUGGGAUUGUUCUGGUAUGGCUGGGCGGCCCAGGAGAAAGUCCACUGGGCUGUUCCGAUUGUCGGGUCCACCUUCGUCGGGCUGGGGAUUAAUCUUUGCUUUAUGAGCGUUAUGGGAUACCUUGUUGACGCUUUUACCAAGUAUGCUGCUAGUGCGUUGGCGGCGAAUACUAUGCUUCGGUCUGUUGGGGGUGGUCUAUUACCUCUUGCUGGAAAGAAGAUGUAUCAUAGUCUGCAUUUUGGGUGGGGGAAUUCUUUACUUGGGUUUCUUACGUUGGCGUUUACCCCUGCCUUGGUCUUGCUAUAUUUGUAUGGGGAGAGGGUGAGGAUUAGGUAUCCCAUUGAGCUGUAG